AUGGCCCCCUUUGACGGUACGGGGGCCUUCCUAACGAUGGCCACUCUGUUGCCGAUAAAGUUGGUGCUCAUUUCCCUGCUAGCGCAGCAGCAGACGACGAUCGCUAGUCCAGCACCUUCGUCCAAUAACAACAUGGUUGCGAAUGCCGUUCUGGAGGAUCCGGAGUUCACCGAUGUUAUAGAAAAUAUUACCGUACCGGCAGGACGAAACGUGAAACUGGCAUGUUCGGUGAAAAAUCUCGGCUCGUAUAAGGUCGCUUGGAUGCACUUCGAGCAGUCGGCCAUCCUGACGGUGCACAAUCAUGUCAUCACGCGAAACCCACGGAUCAGCGUCACGCACGAUAAGCACGACAAGCACAAAACGUGGUUCCUGCAUAUAACCAACGUGCAGGAGGAGGACAAGGGACGCUACAUGUGCCAGAUCAACACGGUGACGGCAAAAACGCAGUUCGGAUAUUUGCACGUUGUGGUGCCACCGAACAUCGACGAUUCAGUUUCGUCGAGUGAUGUGAUCGUGCGCGAAGGUGCCAACGUGACGUUACGCUGCAAGGCCACCGGAAGUCCAGCGCCAGCGAUAAAGUGGAGACGUGACAACAGCUCCAAAAUUGCCGUCUCGCGCAAUAACAGUGCAGUCGUCGAAUGGGAAGGCGACACCCUGACGCUGUCGAAAGUGUCCCGGCACGAUAUGGGCGCGUACCUGUGCAUCGCCUUCAACGGUGUGCCGCCGAGUGUUUCCAAGCGCAUUAAAGUCAGUGUUGACUUUCCUCCGAUGAUAUCAAUACCUCACCAGCUCGUUGGCAUUCCGAUCGGCUACAACGUAACACUGGAGUGCGUCGUCGAAGCUCACCCUACCUCACUGAACUACUGGACGAGGGACAACGAUCAGAUGAUUCACGACUUCCAGAAGUACAAAACCGAUACAGUUUCGGAUUCACCGUCCUACCGGUCGAUAAUGCGACUGCAUAUAGCCGAUGUUCAACACAGCGACUACGGAAUGUACAAAUGCAUCGCCAAGAAUCCGCGCGGCGAAAACGAGGGAAACAUUCGGCUGUACUCUUCAAGUCCUCCCACAACGAUACCACCAUCGACGACGGAAACAAUUACAACGACGAUUGCAUCGACCAGAGUGUACGAAUCUCCAUUCGGUCUGUCUACAAUGACGAUAAACCACUUUGACAAAGGGAUCCGUUUCCAAUCGGAUUACAAUCAGGUAGAUCGUUCCGAGCACAAGUCCAGUGAAAACAAAUCCAAUCGGGACAGAUCGGUUGACGAUGGAGCGGGUGUAAACGGAGCAAGCACAGCCAUCGUUCGAUGGACGACAGUUUUUGCGUUAAUCGUCCAUAUCCUUCCCCGACUGCACCAGUGA